AUGAGCGAUAGGUCAGUUGUGAACAUGGAAGGGGAAGACGUACACGAUCCCUUUUUGUGGGACGAGGAGCGACUCAUACAAGAACUGUGCCAUUCGACUCGCCAAUGGAGGGCAAGGGCCCCCAAGCGGCCUCUGGACCUUGCCGCCCUUGAAGCGAAGCUCAGAGAGGGCGGGGUUGAUGGCGCAUCUUUCCUAACUUACCCUGAAGAGUUUGGCAUUCACAACAUGUUUGCAGAAUUGGGCAUCAAGAUAUUGCCCCAUCAACAAUUCUUGCAGCAUAUCAUCAAUGAACUAAAGGAAUCAAGUGCUGGGUAUCGCGAUUACAUACGUCAGCAAGAUGACGGGGACGACCAUGGCAGUAUCUACAUCAAGCGAGAGCCUCAUCCGCCCAGUAGCUUUGAGCCUCCAGCCAGAGGAUCUCCAGAUGCCAAGCCCCGUCUGGAUAUGGAUCGCGCAAUGCAGGCUGCGAUUGCCUUUCAACUUGGGGCAUCAGGACCAAGUGGUGUUUUGUCUCCAGCGCUAUCACCUGCUGUGGACCCGCGGGUUGGAGGUCUGGGAGACAUCAACGAAAACCCAGAGGACAACAGCAUCGCAGGGUCGGAACCCAUGGACAUUAAUAGUGUUUCGGACAACGGAAGCCCAGCAGUAGUCGAACAGCAACCUAUCGCCCCAGAAGAACCCCCUCGGAAAAAGAGGAGAGUAGCGCCUACACUGAUAUCAUCAGAGCCCAUGCAUGCCAGACCUGUGCUUGCUCCUACAGAGGGAGAUGCCUUCACGAGGCUCACAACCAUCUUUGGGUAUCAAGCCCCCCCAUGCUGGCUCGAUCCUGGAUCCUUGACCCCGGCCGAGAUACUCAGCCUGAAUCCUUCAGAUGAAGUGGAUGACAAUGGGGACUUUGCUCAUGGUUAUCACGAUCACCCCCCGGGCCGUCGAAGACAGGUUUGGGGAGCCAUGAAACGUCACUACCUCUCCGUCCGGCCACAGAGGACCCUUGAAGUUCCGCAGGACGAAAGAGAAGAAUCUCCGUUGCCAGUCUUUGGUCAGUCUGACGAUGAGGAGAGCAUGGAUUCCGAUGAAUGGGAGGAAUAUCAGCAAGAAGAAGAAGAGCGAGAGAGGAUGAAGGUUCUACGGCAGCAAGAAGCUGCUUCAGUGUUGAGCAACGAUAAAGCCCAGGUUGUCAUUGCAGAUGUCAUCGAGGAACUCGAGGCGCGUUGGGUUGCUGAACAACAGCCCAAACAGGACCGCAGAGCGCACAACAUUUGGGAGAGCGCAAGACGGAACCCAAAUAGAGAAGCCUACAUCAAGUCCAUCAAAAAGCUCAAGGAUGAGGCUGCGAAACGCAUCCCGAAGUUCAGAAAGCAAAUCUUGACGGAGAAGUGGAAGUCUGACGAGAUGCUUCGUAAGAUGGCGUCGGACUACUUGGAGCAGAGCGUCUUCGAGAAAUGCUACCAGUGUUGGCUGCUUGGAGUGCUUGAGAGCCCGAGACGCCCACCCAAGCCUGCCGCUUUGCCUCGGCCAAUGCCUCGGCCCAAGAAACAACAAGAGUUAGCGGAAGAUGAAGAGGAUCUGGCCAGCAGCGACUCCGAGACAGAUGACUUCUUGGACGAUAGCGACGACAAGGUCAUGAUUUCAAACGACUUGAUGGAAGUUGAGCCUAUAUCCGACUCUCUACAAGAGCCCGACACCGAUAUGCAAGAUUCUUCACCGGGAAAAAUCAAGACCAAGCUGGCCCUUGCACCCUCAACACCUCGUCGGCUUGCUUCGUCCCGAGAGGUUAUCCUAAUUGAGGAUUCACCCUUGAUCUCACCUACUGAUGGGAUCCCGGAAUUCACCGAUCGACUGAGCCUCGAAAAAAUGGGCGAAAUGGGCGCCGAUUAUUGGGCUAAGGCCAAUGAUGCUGAACGUCUUCUCGCAGCCAUCCUUUGUCAAUGGACUGAACAGAAAAGGGAGAGGCUCCUUAAGGUGGUCGGCCCUUUCGGACACAAGGAGAUUUGGGAAGAGCACUUGAAGCCAGCGAUCGAUACCAAUGGCACAGUUGCUAGGGUUGGCACAACUGAACUCCUACUCUGUCAACUGUUCGACGCGUUUCUUGAGUGCUCCGCAAAGAGGCUGGCCCGGACAACGAUUCGAAAAAUUACCCUGAGGCAGCUUGAGCAAAGCGCAGGUGUAAAAUUUCAGACCUUCUACAACCAUUUGAAAAAGUUGCUUGUGUUGUUCAGGACCCAAAAGCCACAUUUUGGCCACACAAGGUCUUUGGCGCCCACCACGCCCACAAAGUCUCCGGCAGUCAAAACGCCCAUCAAAAGUGAACCUUCUCAAGUGGCGGCCUCUGAGAAGCCAGUCGAGGAAUUGGUUUCCCAAGACCCAUCCGAAGGAGGGGUGCCUCAAGACCCGGCUGACGCCACGCUCACCCUUGCCGACGAAGUUGAGGCAGUGUUAUCCGACGAAGAAGUGCCGCUAUCUAAGAAGAAACGGAAACGGAAACAGAAAGUUAACCAAGAGGCCAAAAAUCUACGGGUCACUACUCAGCAGCAGCUCGUAGAGUUUGGCCGCCGCCGGCGCCGGUUACACGAAGAAAUUGCUACCAAUGGCAUCGUGCCUAGUACCAUGGCCCGACUCAUCGUCAACGAAACAAAGAAAGACGACGAGCCUUUGAUCUUUAUCAACGCUUACACCGGCAGCAGGAUCAAAGACCAUCAAAUUGAUGGUGUGCGCUUCAUGUGGAACCAGGUUGUGGUGAGUGGCCAGGGCUGCCUCCUUGCGCAUACCAUGGGUCUGGGCAAAACAAUGCAGGUCAUCACUUUGUUAGUGGUCAUUGCCGAAGCAGCAGCGUCCGAUGACCCCGCGGUUGUCGAACAGAUUCCGGAGAAACUACGGCGAUCCAGGACAUUGAUUCUCUGUCCAUCGGGGCUCGUGGAUAACUGGGUUGAUGAGGUGAACAUGUGGGCACCGGAAGGCUCACUGGGACCAGUAUACAAAGUGGACGCAUCAUUGACGGCAUACGUUCGCGUAGAAGUCGUCAAGAAAUGGGCCUCAGGCGGUGGGGUUCUCAUCGUCGGAUAUAGUCUCUUUGGCAACCUCGUUGAGGAUGAGGAGCUGGAGAAGCUUCUGCAAGAAAAACCAAACAUUGUUGUCGGGGAUGAGACCCAUCUCAUCAAGAAUCAGAACACCAAGCGGUCACGAGCAGCCGCACACUUUCACACCAAGAGCCGCAUCGCCAUGACGGGGUCACCACUGACCAACAACGUCAUGGAUUAUUACGCCAUGAUCAACUGGGUUUCGCCGGGCUACUUGUCGGACAUUGAAGAGUUCAGGUCCAGGUUCGGCAAUCCAAUCAAGGAAGGGCUUUAUGCAGAUAGUAACCCUUCGGCAAAGAGGCAAGCGAGGAAACUGCUUGUCAUCUUGAAGGAGACUAUGAGCCCCAAGGUUCAUCGAAGGGAUGUUCAAGUUCUCCGAGACGAGCUUCCCACGAAAAAGGAGUUUAUCAUAAUGCUGCCCUUGACCCCGCUCCAGAGGACACUCUAUGAAAUCUACAUCGAGCGUGUCAACAAUCCGACAAUUACGGGUAGCGACAAAUCAUCCGCACAGGUUUGGAGCAUGGUUGCCAAGCUUGGUACUGUCCUGGCGCACCCCAGGAUCUUCAAGACGGUGGCCGAAAGGCAAAAGGACGCCAAGGGAAAGGCGAAGAGCGGGAAAUCCGAGGACGAGGAUGAGCUUAUUUUGCCUCAGGAUAUCCUAAGUGAACUCUUGACCCCGACGACUUGCCGAGACAUUGAUAACGACGCUCACUCGUACAAGAUCGUCGCACUCAUGUUUCUCUUGGGGGAAUUUCGCAAGCUGGGCGACAAGGCACUCAUCUUCACUCAAAGUAUCCCGGCGCUGGACUUUCUUGAGAGCAUCUUCAAGCGGAGGCAGAUCGGAUACCAGCGCCUUGAUGGCCAUACCCCAAUCAAUACGCGUCAAGCAUCGAUCAAGAAGUUCAACAGCAACGAUUCGGCCGACGUGUAUCUGAUUUCCACAAAAGCUGGUGGUGUUGGGCUCAACAUUUAUGGGGCCAACAGAGUGAUCAUCCUGGACUUCAAGUAUUCGCCAACCGAUGAACAGCAGGCUAUUAGCCGGGCAUACCGACUAGGUCAGACCAAGCCGGUGUAUGUCUAUUGGUUGAUGAUAGGAGGCACCUUCGAGGCAACAAUCCACAAGAGCGCCAUCUUCAAGACGCAGCUCGCCUCCCGGGUCAUCGAUAAGAAGAACCCGGCCCCUUACGCUACUCGCCUUAAGGAGUACUUUGUACUGCCGCAGACAGUGGACCAGGAGGACCUUCAAGAUGCCUAUGGCCAGGAUACCGUUCUUGACGCUCUCCUGAACAGCGCUGAGGUGGGACCCCUAGUCCGCAAGGUUACAUCUACGGAGACAUUUGAGAAGGAAGAGACAUAUGAACUUCCUCCAGAGGACCAGGAGGAAGCGAAGAAGGAGGUUGCCCUUGCCCUCCUGAGGCUCACAGACCCAGAGGCGUAUGAGGCUGAGAAACUCCGGCUCGACAGAGAGCGAUAUGGGUGGCAGCCCCAGCCCGCUGUCCAGUCAAACACAAUGUGGAUGAUCAACAAAGGCAUUAGAACUGCUCAAGCCAAUCUUGCCCACAACUCAGUCUUGCCACGAUUGAGGGACAACUUUGGUCAGAUGGUGCCUUCCAGUACGACGCCAAUACCGAUUCCCCGACAGUAUCUCCAACAGUACCGGCAGCUCGGCCGCCCCAACACACAAGGGUCUGCUCCUGUUAGACCUGUGCUUGGAGCAGCUCCGGCACCCAGCUUUACACUUCCAAACUCGGAUCUACAGCCUGUCCUUGGAUCGGGGUCGUUUGCCAAGUACCCAGCUGACGAACAUGCCCUAUCGUCGCAUGCGACGCCCUCAGCCACACCACAGGUCAACCCGAGUUUAGUCGCCGGUCCGUUUGGCACUCAGCCAGUCGAAACCUUAGCUGCUUCUAAUCCGGCUCCUCCUCAUCCAGCUCCUCGUAACACUCCUCCUACUCCGGCUCAAAAACCAGCUGCUUCUGCUCUGGCGCCUCCUAAUAAAGCGCCGUCUCCCAUGUCUCAGAAGGCUCUGUCACAUGCUCAUGUCUCUGGGAGUCAACAACCUCAGUCAACCACCCCAUCGUUGAUCAUCCCCCUCCCGGGGGCUUCGGCGUCAGUCACUGAUUCAGCGAGGCCCGACCUUCCAGACCUACGACGGAUCUAUCAAGCGCUUUGUGAGGAAGGGAAAGAGGUUGUUUUUACGCCAGAUGCCGUUAUGCAAGGCGUUGAACAAGCACUGCAGGAGAAAGGGUUCAGCUAUAAGACCUUCCCUGCUAGAGACAAGUGGCAAUACCUACAAAAGUGCUGCAGGUUACAUGCACGUUUUGCAGAAGCCAUGCUUUCGGGCUACAUUCAACCUGACCAGCUGGCCACUCGGGAGCGGCGGGACUUGCAAACUAUGGUUACCCGGCUCAAUGGCUUGGCCGAGGACGACUUCAAGCGCGAAGUCUGGGGCUCCCAAGUCGUCCGCAAUAACCAAGCAGCAACAGUAGCACAGCAAAAGCCGCGACCGUCGUCGAAGGUGAAGGACGAAAGUCCAGUCACCAAGGUGAAGAAGGACAAGAUGAAGAAGGACAAGGAGAAGGCGUCAGGAUCGAUGCCUAAACGGCCACGAGAUUCGAAGGGGCCUAAAACCCCCAACAUUGGACCGGGGCCGAGAGGACGGCAGCAGCCUGUCCGACCCGGAGAUUCAGCCGCCUCGCCGUUUUUAAUUGACUGA